UAUUAUAAACAUGCACUAAUUGAGGUUGACACUCAUUUGGGUCCCAGUAUCACUGAAAAUUGGCAUAAUGUUGGGUGCUCUAAUAUCAAUCGGCCUAGUUGGUUGUUUUGUACUGACUUGCUGCAAAAAUGCUUUUAAGAGACCUCCAAACUUCCCUCCAGGCCCUCCCAGCCUCCCGGUGUAUGGGAGUUACUGGAUAAUCUUAGCCGCAGCCUACAACAACCUGGCCUUGGCCUUCAAGAGGAUUGGUAGUUGGUACAACACGAAGCUCGUAGGGUCUGUGAUGGGGAAGAUACCGUCAGUGAUCGUCAAUGACCCUGGCAUGAUUAAGGAUAUGCUGCUCAAACCAGAGUUGGAUGGACGCAUGGAUAUCAUUCUGGGGCGGCUCAGAGCCUUUUGGAAGAGACGAGGUAUUUUCUUCACUGAUGGUUAUUUUUGGCACGUGCAAAGAAGAUUUUCUCUAAGAUAUAUGAGGGACUACGGCUUCGGGAGAAGAAGCGCGACCUUAGAACAAGUCGUUGAAAGCGAAAUUAAAGAGUUAAUCGACAUUAGGCUCAAUGGACCCAAAAGUGAUGCUGAGCGGGAAAUGGUCAAAGGCGACUUGGUGUUCCUGCCCCACUUCUUGGCUCCGCCCUUCAUCAACGGAGUGCUACAUGUAUGCUCUCGCAUGAGCUUGCCCAGGGAGAAGUACGGAACCGUGUGGGAAUUGGCCAAGGGCGCGCUGCUCUUCCAACAGAACUCCAAUGACCUUGGGGGCGCAAUUACCUACACACCAUGGCUUAAGGAUGUGUUGCCGAAUUACAGUGGGUACAGCGGACUGAGGAAGGGCAAUCAAGUUUUGAUAGAUUUCUUCACGGGUCUUGUGGAAGAAGUGAUCGCCACGUUUGACCCGUCUCAUUCUCGUCACUUUCUGGACGAAUACGUCCGCCAAAUGUACAAAGACAACGGUGAAAAGGGUGAAAAGGGAGAAAAGGGAAAAUCUACUUAUUCAAAGGAACAACUAAUACUGACAUGUACGGACUACAUGUUCCCGGCUGCAUCGGCCACGGAGGCUGUCCUAUCCAUGUUGCUGGAGAUACUGCUGGUGCAUCCGGAGCUGCAGGACCGGAUCCAUGAGGAGAUCGACCGCGUGGUCGGCAGCGGCAGACUGCCCAACCUCGAUGACAGGAACAAGAUGCCGUUCACAGAGGCCUGCAUCCGCGAGGCGAUGAGGGUCGACACGCUGGUGCCGUUGGGAGUACCGCACCGCGCCACCCAGCCCACCACCUUCCACGGCUAUGACAUACCUGAGGGCACUAUGUUCCACGCCAACUACCUGAUGUUGCACAAAGACAAAGACAUUUGGGGAGACCCGGACACCUUCCGUCCAGACCGGUUUAUCGUGGACGGAAAGCUGGACGUCUCCAAGGAUAGAUCACUGCCUUUUGGUGCUGGGCGCCGACUAUGCGCCGGAGAGACUUUCGCACGUCAGACCAUGUUCCAAGUGUUUGCGGGUAUUAUGCAGAGCUUCCGAGUGGAGAAGGCCCCGGGCUGUGCCCCCAUUCCUGCCACACGUCUGCAGGGCAUCAUCACAACCAUUCCUGACUACUGGAUCAAACUCACACCUAGACGAUACGAUUAGUUAUUAGACUAAUGACUGAAUUAUAGGUAGCACUUAAAUCUGUAAAUUCAUUCGUUGGUGAUGGCCAUAGAUAAAAGAAAUACGGUGAUGGCAUAACUCGUUUGGCAUAAUCGGUGCCAUAGGCGUAUUUUCUUUCGCAUUGCAACAUGGAAUGACAUAUAAACACGUAGCGCGUUAUUAAUGUCCCCAUGCUCUUUUUUUCUCACAUCGUGUACACAAUAGUGUCAUAAUUUUAGUAAAAUAAAUAUUUAUUUCCAAACUGA